AUGCUUCGCAGGAAACCCACCGCAAUAACAAUCACUCCGGAAGACUUGAUUGCUUUUGAGGAGGAACGCGUGCGCCAGAAGACCAUGGAUGGCUCGAACGCAGCUGACCACUCGGCUUCCGAAUCCGCAUUCGCUGGCAACAAAUACGAUCCUAAUGAUGAAUUGAAGCCUUUGCCGGGUGAUAAAGCGAAAAUUGUCCGAACUAGGGAUGAGCGUAUAGGUGUAAAUCGUCGGACGUGA